AUGCUGGCCUUCAUCCCACUCACACUCCUUGGCUGUCAGUGUGUCUGGGCCAGGAAGUCGGAGCCGUCCCUGAGCGAGGCCGGCCCGGGCUUGUUCAGAGGAUCAGACAGAUACGACUUUGCCAUUGAGGUUCCUCCCUCAGGCUCUGAGUGUUUCUGGCACUUUGCCCACCAGAGUGGAAGCUUCUACCUGACCUACCUGGUGCAGUGGGUAACAGGGAUGGCCAAUGACCACCGGCUCUUUGUGACCAUUACUUCACCGGAUGGCUCUCUCAUGGCUUCAAAACACGACGCCAUUGGUCAAAUUAACUUCCAGACCGAGGUCACAGGUUUUUACCAGAUGUGUCUCGGGAACCACAACAAGAAGUUCGGAGGCGUCAGGGUUUUUCUGAACUUUGGCGUCCUGUACGAAGGUUUCGAGGAAGUGAACAGAGAGCUGGAAGAGGAAGAGAAAGUCUUGAACACCACUCUGGCCAGUAUCAAGGAGAGCACCGGGAGGCUGCAGGUUCAGAUCUUCCACAUGUGGCGCCACUACAACUUCGCCCGCAUGAGGAAAGGGAAGGACCACUACCUGCUGCUGUCCAACCUCAACUACGUCUCCUGGUGGUCGGCGGCCCAGAGCGUCGCCAUCCUGCUGUCGGGAUACUUUCAGGUCUUCUUCCUCAAGAGACUCUUCUUCACGGACUCCACCAGGCCGCGAUGCUGA